UCCCUCCGGAGGCUGCCGGGCCGGGUGACCUCCUCCUGCAAGCCGGCCUGCCCCCCUCACUUGCGGGCGCAGCAUCGCUGGGACGGCGGGCUCCCUGACCGCUCCAAGCUGCAGAGCCAUGGAGAUGCAGUCGUACUAUGCCAAACUCCUGAGCGAGCUGAACGAGCAGCGGAAGAGGGACUUCUUUUGCGACUGCAGCAUCAUAGUGGAAGGGAGGAUUUUCAAGGCCCACAAGAACAUUCUCUUUGCCAACAGCGGCUACUUCCGAGCUCUGUUGAUCCACUACAUUCAGGACAGUGGCCGGCACAGCACAGCUUCCCUGGACAUUGUGACCUCGGAGGCCUUCUCCGUUAUCCUGGACUUCCUUUAUUCAGGUAAGCUGGAUCUUUGUGGGGAAAAUGUGAUUGAGGUCAUGUCCGCCGCCAGCUACUUGCAGAUGACUGACGUGGUCAACUUCUGCAAGACGUACAUCCGGUCAUCGUUGGACAUCUGCAGGAAGAUCGAGCGAGAAGCUGCCUUCUACCAGGCAGACAGCAGGAGCUCCGCCAGCUCUGCCUGCCAGGGCCCAUCCUGCGGUGCCAAGGCCCGGUGCUCAGCCUCCGCUUCCUCUCUGCAGGACAAGGAUGGCGUCCCGGACUGCCCACAAGGGCCUCCCCCCUGCGGGGAUGGCAGCAGCUGCCACCAUCACCUGGACCUCCUGGCCAGGGACCCCGCUGGCCGCCAGUCUCCAGAUGACACCAGCUCCUCGGCACCCAAGGCAAUAGAGCCAAAGGUUGAGUUUGACGUGGACGAGGUGGAAGUUGGGGAACGGCUGCAGCAGUACCCCACUUCCUUGACCAUCGAGCAGAUCGAAGAGGGGCUUCACGGGGGGCAGGCCAUGGACCUGGCCUGCAGCAGCUACCACAUGAAGCAGGUUCUCGAAGCCUUGCUGCGCAAUAGCGCCUCCCAAAGGAAAGACGAGAUGGUCCACCCUUUUGGGCGUGGCUUUGAGGGCCGGCCAGAAGAUGCCGGCUUGCCCAUGAGCUCCAUGAUGGACCUUCACAACGACUGGUAUGGAGAGGACACAGGUGAUGUCCUGGUGGUGCCCAUCAAGCUGCACAAGUGCCCCUUUUGCCCCUACACAGCGAAGCAGAAGGGCAUCUUGAAGCGCCACAUCCGUUCGCAUACCGGAGAGCGGCCGUACCCCUGCGAAGUCUGCGGCAAGCGCUUCACGCGCCAGGAGCACCUCCGGAGCCAUGCGUUGAGUGUCCAUCAGUCUAACAAGCCCAUCAUCUGCAAAGGCUGCCGGCGAACCUUCACCAGCAGCCUGACCCAGGGCCUGCGUCGCUUUGGCCUGUGUGACAGCUGCACGUGCGUCACUACCACGCACGAGGAUUCAGGGCCCAUCAACCUCAGCCUCAUGGAGCCUUCCUCCGAGGGGCCGGAAAGGAACGACCCGGACAACGACUGGCCCAUCUACGUUGAAUCCGGGGAUGAAAAUGAUCCGCCUGAGGAUGAGGCCAACCCCGACCAUAAGCGGAGCCUCCGUGAAGAAGCACUGAUGUAGCAGUGCGGAGGGGGGAGGGGGGAGGGAGGGGCUGGGGCGUGGUUGGGAAUCCCUUUUCCUGAUUAUGGAUGAGUCGACCAACACAGUUACCUAGAACUGCAUGAAGUUGUGUUCUUUUGAUAUAAAUGGAUGUAAUUCUCUUUUGGAGACCACAGGUGGAUUUUGUCAUUCCGAAAUGUCUUUUUCAAUGGUCUGUCUGGUGCUGUGCACAACUUAUUUGGAAAAGAUUCCAGGUUCAAAAGUGGGAAUAACAGGGCUCCCAGCUGCACUUUCCAGAAGUUGGGUGCCUUUUGCAGCUGGCUUCUUCUCUGCUUACUUGGUGCGGCCUCCCUUUCCUCCUGCUGCUGCUUUUUCCUUGAGGAUCCAGAAAAGAUUUGAGGGGACAAGCUUUC